AUGGCAGACGCAGACACCAAAGUGCAAGAGGCCGUCGCGGCGGAUCUAUCCAGCAGCCCGUUUGCCUGCUCCUCACUCACGCGGUUGAGCGGAGGAACAGCGAACUUCGUCUACCGCGGCAUUUUAUCCCAGCCGCUUGCGGACGGCAUUUCGACCGUGAUCAUCAAGCAUGCGGAGGACUAUCUUGCCUCGAAUGCAGAGUUCAGGCUAAGUGCGAAGCGAUGCCUGCUCGAAGAAUCCGCCCUAAGGGCUCUUAACGGCAUGCACGGUGUGACCACGACGAAUGAAGACACGGCCACGGCGUCAGGAGCGAGAUAUCAAAUCACCGUCAAGCCGCCCAAGCUAUUCCACUUCAGCCCGGCGACAUACACGCAGGUCAUGGAGGAUCUACCCGAUGCCGUGGACCUGAAGACCUUCUUUCUCUCCUCUGGUGUCUCGCAGGGUAUUUCAAAGGACUGGACGCUGGCUAUAGGGCGCACGUUGGGUACUUGGCUCCGCUCAUUCCACGUCUGGAGUGCGGCGGGUGCACAGACGGAGUUCGCGGAGCAGCUUGCGGCGAACACGGUUAUGCGGGAUUUGAAGUUCUCGAUUAAUUAUGAUAGUCUGGUGAGCAUGGUUGAUGCGUAUCCGGAUAUCCUGGGUGAUGACCGUACGCGGGCUGUCUUUCAGGAGGUUAGGGACGCUGCUGCUGCGGAGUUGGGCGAUACGCAAUCGGAUGAUACGGGGCCAAUCCAUGGCGACUUUUGGUCUGGGAACGUCCUGAUUCCCAAAACAACACUCGAGGACCCUUUACCGGCAACGCCGCUCUUCAUUACAGACUGGGAGCUCGCCCAGCGUGGGCCCUACGCUCUUGAUCUUGGGCAAAUGAUUGCGGAACUGUACAUGCUCAAGCACUACAAGGAUAUCGAUUCAGGAUUGUGGGCUAUCGAGGGCUUUGUGGAGGGAUAUGGGCACGUGAAUAUCACGGAGGAGAUGGCCUUCCGGACACUCAUUCAUGCUGGCGCACACUUCAUCUUCUUUGGUAGUACGACGCCUGGAUGGGGGACUGCGGAACAGGUGAAGGAGUUGGUUAGACUUGGGAGGGAGUUGGUUGUUAGAGGGUGGGAGAAGGAGAAGGAUUGGUUCUGUGCGGAGGGAAAAGUCUGGGGGAAUCUUUUCAAAUAG